AUCUCGGCCCCUACAACCAGAAUCGCCAUUUUUGUCUUGCUCCAAAGUCUACCCGACGUUCCGGAACCGACGUUAGGCUGGAUUUUGCACUGGUUGUUGGAUUUGGCCGGCCUGCCCGAAGUGGCAACCCUCUCCUGGAAGGAUCGUACCGUGCGUCGACGCUGCCCGGGACCAGCUUGAUGGUCUAGGGCGCCCACUACAUCGCGGUCAAAAGUCGGCUGCAAAUCCCCAGCGCACCCGUCGUUCUGCCUGUACGCGUGUACGUGUGUGUGUAUAUAUAUCUGUGUCGGUGUGUGUGUGCGUGUGUGUGCAUUCGCUGUUGUGCUCGCUAUCUAUUCGCCUACUGUGUGUGGCUCGAGUACGGAUUUGCUGCUUGCCUAGCUGCUCGUCGGUUUACGCUUGUUUGCUUCUGUUGCUUUCCGCAACCUCAAUAUAGAGAGCACACACACACAUAGCAGUGGCGGCGGCGGUGGCGGCGGCAGGCGUGAGAUCAGCAUCGGAAGAACUCCUGUCAAGACGGGGGUACGGGGCGGCCACACACGGAAAGGGUACCGUUUUUGCAUCCCAACUGCCGGCAGGAAGACAGAGACGGUGAGAGAGAGCGAGCAAGCGAGAGAUAGCAUAACAUCCAAAGCGCGAAGAAAGUGACAAACCUUCAGCAGGAGCAAGGCACUCGCAGUGACACACCGAACCAUCCAGAGAGACACUGCGUCGUCAUCUACAAAGAGAAGUCCACAUCGUAAUCAACACAUCUAGCGGGCGGCAACCAAGGGUUAUUCACCACCACCGAACCCCCGCGCGCUCGAAACCCCUUUCCUGCCAGUGCAUCGGCGUGUGAGGGAAGGAUGAGGGCGCUGCUGACCGCACCAUUUUAGGGCACGUACCGAAGGAAAGAAAGGCAAAGAGCGCUCCCCACCCAACCCUGCGUGGGAGUGUGUGAAAGCGAGAUAGAAGAGGAAGAAGAAGACGCGCAAGAAGAUCUCACAAGUUGGUCGAGGCAAGGAAAUCUCACAUGGACGGAGCAGCGCGUGUCGACCUCGACAUCAUUUCGCGCUGUUAAUGGAAACAGGUAGAGCGACGCUCGAUUCGAACUAAACUCGACUGGAGAAGCGAAACGAGAGAGACAGAGCGAGAGAGAGGGAGAGAGAUAGAAUUAGCAUCCUCUGGACAUGGCGUCCGAUACGGAGGAUGAACUGCAGCCAACCACCUCGGCCGGUGCCGCGGCGUCAACAUCUACGGCGGCGAGGGCAGGAAGGCGGCUGCGCAACCGGAACGUGCUGAACGUGGAGGACAGUGAUAAUGAUAGCAGCGGCAGUGGCCCCAUUGCAGGCCCGAGCCGGCGUCGCACGGUGCCAGUGGCGAAGAUGGACCUAGCGUCCGAGAGUUCCGAGUGGGAAUCGGACUGGAACAGCGACGAGGAGCAGCUGCUGGAGAAGGGCGACAAGGACGCGGUGGCGGCAGUGCUGGCCAGCAAGCUCGGCUACGCGUCGGACGAAUCGAGCGGCAGCAGCAGCAGCAACGACAGCGAAAAGUGUCCCAUCUGUCUGCUGUCCCUGCACAACCAGGAGGUGGGUGUGCCGGAGGUGUGCGAGCACGUGUUUUGUGCGCCGUGCAUCGAGGAGUGGUCCCGCAACGUGUCCACCUGUCCGAUCGACCGGAAGGGCUUCGAGCUGAUCAACAUCUACGCGGACCUGGAGCGCCGGCAGCAGCAGAAGGAGGUGCUGCGGGUGUACCGCGUCCAGCCCAAGCCGGCCGAGGGCGAGGGCGAGGAGGAGGGCCAGGGUACGGCCGGCGCAGGAGGGCUGCCGGUCGUGCCGGAAGCCGACGAGCUGACGUACUGCGAGGUGUGCCGGCAGGCCCACAGCGAGGAAACGAUGCUGCUGUGCGAUUCGUGCAAUCUCGGCUACCAUAUGGAGUGUCUGAAUCCGCCGCUGCUGGAGAUCCCGUCCGGCUCGUGGUACUGCGACUGCUGCUUCGCGUCCGGGUCCGACGAGGACGACAACGAGCUGCAGGAUCUGUUGGACGACCUGAACGAGAUCGGCGGCAUGCGCGAGUCCCGGCUGCGGCAGCGCAUCCACAGCCCGCUGCGCAUCGUGCGGACGCGUCAGAGCGAGCGCAUACGGGCGGCCAUCUUGACGCGGGCGGCCGCUGCAGUGCGGCUAAACAUCGUGCAAAGUUCGCCGGAUGGGGCCGCGGGCCCGUCGACGGUGGCGGCGAGGGUGCGCCGGUUGGCCGCCGGGUCGUCCGCGCACGGCGGAAGCAGCAGCAGCAGCAGUCUGGUGGCCGUGGCCGCACCGCCCCGUGCGCGCAAAACCGUGAAGCGGAAGCGAAGGCGCCGCACGAGGCGAAAAAUCCUCAGCAUGAUCAUCUCCGAGUACGACGUGGACGACAACGAGAAUGGGACGGGCGCGGGCGGGCCCGGCGAUGGACAGAAGUUUGCGAUCAAGCGCAAGAAGCUGUACAGCACGCUGCGCAAGCUGCGCAAGAAGCGCGCGAAGCGAAGGAAAUCGGGCGGCCUUGCGGGAGCCGGCGGAAGCAGGCGGCGCGGUGCGGCGGCAGUGGCAGCGGCUGCCCUGGCGGCCGGCGGCGAAGGCAGCGACCUGCUGCGCUCUACCAACGCGAUGGAGGACUCGGUGCAGCGUCAGCGCAUCGGGGCAGGCAUUACGCCGCUGAAGAUAUUCGGCGGACGGAACGAUCUGGACUACUUCAGCGACGACGACGACGAGGAGGAGGGCAGCAGCACGGGCGGUGCGGGCGGAGCAGGCGGCUCGACACUGGUGGCGGGCAGCGCGAUGGGCUCCCGUCUUCGCAACGUGCUCGGACGCAGGCGCGUUCUGAAGAGCGGAUUCGAAAGCUUCAGCACGCCAUCGCCGGGCGGCAACGGAUCGACCGGGCCCGAUCUGCUCGGCAGCAUUCUCGAGAACCAGGAGCGGUGGCACUCGCGGGACGGACUGCGAAACGUACGCAUCAACGGGGGGAAAAUCAUUUUCCCCACCGAAACGCCACCGAACGGGGGCGAUCGGCGCCGAGCACCACCGGGCGGACCGAGCGGGCGGAAUGCGGCAGAAGGGGCGGUGAAUGUGGCUGCCAACACGCCCGGCAGCAGCACGACCGCCCAAUCCAUCCCGAGCAGUGGAGGUAAUGGGGCAGGCAGCAGCACUAGCAGCGGUACGGGCGGAGCAAGCUCUUCCUCGAAUACUAUUGUCACCAACGGCACGGGAGCGGGAGGUACGGGUGGCACAAGCAGCUCUAGCGCUAGCGCAUCCGGAGCUUACACGAACACUUCCCAAGCAUCGCUCCUAACCGGUUCCCCAAUGGGCGGUAAAACGUCCUCGGGCGCCAACGCAUCGAGCAGCAAACAGCCGAACGAUGGUGACGGAACGGAUGAGGAGGAACAGCCCGAAAAGGAAGGAGCGAAGGAAAACGACAAGACUGUUGCUGGCUGCCGACUGCCGAAGGGGCUCGCGCACCAGGAUGUGGAGGGAGAGGCGGGCUCUAGCGGAUCGGCGGCGGCGGCAGCGGCAGCGGCAGCGGCAGCGGCAGCGGCGGCAACGGCAGCGGCAGAAAACAACUGUCCCAACUUCUCCGUCUAUUCGUCGGAGACGCUGCAGUACGCGAAGGGGGCCAGCGAUGGAAACCAGCCGUACGAUCCGCUGGACAGUGAGCAGCGCAGCGAUGAGGACGAGAACGAUCGGUUUGCGGGCGAACGGGACGAGGAUCUGGUGCAGCUGGACGAUGACGACAUGGACGGGGAACCGUACACGGCGGAUCCGAAGCAAAGUGCCGCGACGCCUACCACCUCCAGCGCUGCAACCGUGAAUGGCGAGAAGGAGGAAGCGGCCCAUCCAGCGCCUGAGACGGAGAAAACUACCAGAGAAGAGGAACAGGAGGAAGAGGAAGACGAAGGUACGCCAGCGCGGGACGAGUUUGAUUCGGAGAGCGACGAUGAGCUGAAGAAGAUCGAGGCAGACUCAAACCGCGGCAUCGACGGUGGCCGAAGAGAGGGGCUGGAUGCGCUAACGCCUCCACUGACGACCUCGCUGGUCGCUGCACUCGGUGCAUCUGGAGCGGCGAUGGCAGCUGCUUCGGCCAUCGCUACGGCCAACUUCGGUGCGCCGGCAGGCUUGCUCGGGCCGGGUGAGGACGACCGCAGCUACACCCCCUGCCUGGACGAGAAGUAUCAGGAGCGGCGCGAACUGAUCGACGCCGGCGAAGGUCCUUCUGGCGAGGGCACUUCCGGGUUGGCCUCGUCCUCGCGCUUCCGCAGCCAGGGCAGCGCGAUCGAUACGGCCGGCAUCGAUGGCAUGGACACGGAGCUGAUUUCCGACGAAGAUGAGGCCGAGUUUGCGGAGGCUGCGGGGGAGCAUGGGGCGGCCGACGGUGCCGGCCCAUCGGGCUCGAAGGGUGCGGCCUCGGCGAAGCGCAAGGAACAGCUGGCCGCGUUCAAGAAGGUAACGAAGAAGGGCCGCGAGCGCAACUAUCGCGAGAAGGACACGAAGAAACGCUCCUCGCGAGAGCGCGGCCGACGAGGGGACGACGGUGGCGAGCCGGACCGACGAAACGGUCGCACCGGCGACAGGGAUAGCGGUGGCGAGGGCAGCAAAUCGAUGGACCGUCGGAAUAGGCCCCGUCGUCCGAAGCGCAAAGAGCUGCCCCGGUACGACAUUCGCUCGAUCAUUGCGGAGAAGCGGCCGCGCAUCCUGAAGGAUCCGUUCGGCAGGGACAUUACGCCGAAGCGACGGUCGCGCACACGCACUCCGUCGCGCAGCCGAUCGCGGGAACGGCGCAACCUGUCCAUUUCCCUCUCGCCGGAGCCCCUGCCAGCGGUACGAUCGCGGGGCCCGGGCGCAGGAUUCAACACCGGACGGAGGCGCUCUCUAUCGCCGUUAGCUGUGCCGCCGCGCCAUCGGGGACGAUCGCCACCGCACGGAGCGCGUUCGCCGCUGCCACCAUUCCGCCGGUCACCCCGCCGAUCAUCGUCCCGGUCACGGUCCCGCUCGAGGGGCGGUGGACGCUCCGGUGGACCGCUGCCACCGCUCGGACUGCGCUCACUGUCGCCCCGGUCACCACCGCCACCAAGGGGCCGGUUUGCCCGUUCGCCCCGCUCGCGGUCCCUUUCCCGGUCACGAUCACACUCCCCACCGCCACACCAUCGGCCGGCAGUGCGGCGGGGAAGCUUCCGCCGCUCGCUUACACCUUCCCGGUCACCGCCCGAUCGACGCGUGGGCCGCACGAAAAAGAAGGCCAAGCGAAAGAAGCGCCCGGUAUCGGUCAGUCGCAGUCGCAGCAGAAGCCGCAGUCGCAGCCGGACCCCCCGCAGCCGUAGCCGUAGCCGCAGUCGAAGCCGCAGCCGAGGCCGGGGCCAGAAGGCGUCCCUGGCGGCAGCCCGAAACGCCGGCCGGAAGAAGAAGCCCAAGAAUCGACGCAGCGUGUCACCACUGCCACCGCCGGUAGCCAAAACCGUCGGCAAGAAGCAGAAGAAAAAGAAAGACCGAAAGCGAUCCUUCUCACCGCUGGGACGAUCCCGUUCGCGGUCUCGCUCGCGCACGCCACCGCCUUCGACCGCAGCCCCGAACGCAUCCGGCAUGCUUACCGAGCGCUUCGGGAAGGGCAGCGGCGGUGGAGGGCGUGCGCAGCGGGACAGCUCGUGGACGCCUCCGCCCCUGCCAACAGCCCUGUCCGGCUCGCGACUGAAAUCGAACGGACCGGCUGCGUCGGCCUCGGCGGCCGCCGCCAGCCUGACGGUGAUCCUCACAAACGAGGAAGCGCUGGCGAAGCAGCAGGAGGAGGCGCUGCUCGGCGGCAAGGAGCGGGACGGCCGCAGCGGCAAGCAGGCACGCAAGGAGGCGCGCCGCCGGGAGCGGGAGGCCCGCGAGAAGAAUGCCACCCUCCCCUCGAAGGAAGUAUUUACAUCGGGUGAUAAUAUUCUUGUAAGUGUUAGCUUUAACGAUAAGGGUGCGGCGGCAGCGGCGUCGGCGGCAUCCGGUUCCGGCAGUAAGGACGGCGCGCAGGAGAAGCAACCGAGCGCCGAGCAUUCGCGGCAUCACCACCACCAUCACCAUCAUCACGGGGCGGAACGAUCAUCGGGCGGUGGCAAACAACAGCAGCAGCAGCAGCAACGUCAGAAGGACUCCGCCGGUGGUGCCGCGUCCGGCAAGCGACAGCGAGCGGUGGAUGGCGAGCGGCCAAAGAACAAGCGGCUGGAGGGUCGGCUGAAGCAACGCACACGCUCGACGAUCGAUGUGACCGCGAAACCGGUCGUCAUUAUCGAUUUGGACGGGUCGCCGUUCCGGGUGCUGACGCCGUCGCCCAAGGCGGUCAUCGUGCUGUCCGACAGUGACACUGAGAAGGACAAGGACCGUCGUGGAGGCAGUGGAGGAGCUGCAGGUGUUGGUGGCGCUGCAGGAAACGCCACGGCCGGUGCGAACCUGGAGUCAGGAGCCGGAGCAGCAGCCGGUUCGGGAAUGAGCCAAGAAAAGAGUGGUGCAGGACUGCUGAUGCGAAGUGGAGGCGCUGUUGGAAGUACGCUCGGCCAGUCGCUCGGUUUGAUGGAUGGACCGAAUGCGAUGGGUGUUGGUGUCGGUGCUGGAGGAGCCACCGGGGCGGCCAGCUCAUCCACCGCCGGAGUGCUGCGCAAAACGCCACCCGAAAGACGCUCACCCGUGGACGACAUGUUCGGACCGAAGACACCGCCCGGAUUCCCCACCAGCAGCAGCGGCUCUGGCCUUGGCAAUCAGCAAUCGCUCAAGACCCUGCAGGCACCGAAGUUCUCGAUGCAGGUUAAGACGAAGUCGACGAACCUGCGACCGGUCAAUCCGCUGUACGAUCCGGGCGAUUUGGACGAGGGCAAGGAGGACAGUCCCGAACGGCAGGAUGACACCGUGGCGGGCGACAGUGCGGUGGACGACGAGAGUGGAAGUGUGUCCCAGUCGCAGGGCGGUUUGGGCAUAGGCUACGGUGCGGGUGGCAGUGGCGGUAGCACAAUUGCCACCGUGGGACCGAACACGCCACCGGAACCGGCACCCCAGUCGCCCUCGCCGGACGUGUACGAUCCGUUCGAGCCGACCAAGUCGCCCUCUCCCUCACCAACGCCCGGCGGAUCGUCGCGUGAUCGGUCCGAUGCCCUUUCCAUUGGGCGCCUGUCCGACGAGGAGCAGAGCAAGACGACGAACCGGGACGGCUCAGCGCCAGGCUCGGGCGCGGACGGUGGAAUGAUGAUGCUGGACGGUGGUGCCGAACCGAACGACACCAUGAACGGCGGUGGUCCUGUGGGCAGCGGCGGCGGCCCAGACACGGGACACUCCCGUACACCGCCACAAUCGCAGCUGAUGGGCCGCAACAAUGUUAACAGCGGUAAGGUCACGGUACUCAGCAACAUCGUCCUUGGCGGAUCGGCCACGGCCAACUCGAACGCAAAGGCGGGUGUGUCGGAUCCAUCGGGCGCAAACUCCGAUUCCGACGUGAUCUUCGACGAGUUCGUACCGUCGUCGUCGGGUGGGCCGGCGAACAACCUCAUCUCCAAGCUGCCACUGCCACUGGCCGGUGCCGCCGGUCAGCAGGGACAGUCGGCCGGCAAGUUUGCCGACUUCCUGAACCCGACCGACUCACCGUACUCGCCCGGGGCGAGCGAUUUCGACGAUCUGUUCGAACCGCCCGGCGGCGCCGGAGGCAUGGAUAUGCUGGAUUCGCCUCCAAUGCACACGCACCCGAGCAGCAAGCAGCAGCAGCAGCAGUCGAAUCAUCAGCAACAUUCAAACGCCAACUCGCAACCGUCGGCGGGACGAUCGUCGAAACCGAUGCCACCGACGAAGGCGGCCAAAAAGUCGACCAACCAGUUUGACUCACUGUUUGGCUCGCCGAACCUGCACAACAGUGGCAAGGCGGGCCGCAGCCGGAAGGGUCCGCACAAACGUUCGAAGGGAGGAAAAUCAAACCAAAAAGGUGAUACCGCCAACGACGAAGAUCCGUCUAAGCUGUCGGAUAAGGAGAAGUACCUGAAGAAACUCAACCGUCUCGAGCGUGUCGUCGAGGAGGUCAAGCUGGUCAUCAAGCCGUACUACAACAAGAAGCAAAUCAAUAAGGACGAAUAUAAAGACAUUUUGCGCCGAGCCGUACCGAAGAUCUGCCACAGCCGCACGGGCGAGAUCAAUCCCAUCAAGAUACAGAAGCUUAUCAAGGCGUACGUGCGCAAGAUUCGCGGCAAACGACGCAUCUCGAAGAAAGGUUCCGGCGGCGGUGGUGGUGGUGGUGUCCUUGGGCAGCUCGGAAUGCCGAUGGCAAACAGUAACUCCAUCAUUAUCUGAGCCACCCCAGUGAGCACAACACACUCUAUAAAACUCUACAAGUGAACAAAAAAGAAGCAAGCUAACAUUAUAUUCCACACAGCGAACAGAAAGGGAAUGGACGCAAUAUCGAUCAUGUGUUUGAAGGAUGGUUCUAAAGCAGCAUGCAGCCAGCACCGUGUAAAAAAAAAAUUAACUGCUUAAAACAAACUGUCUAUCAAAAAGUGUACUCUUACCCGUCACGUGGCGAUUUGCACGAUUAUGAAUAGUGGGAUAGGUCUUACAGUUACGAUUACGCUGAGGAAUUAUGUAUAAGUAAUGUAUUUUACACACAUCUAUCGGUUAGGGUAUGUACAGGACUUGCGCAGAAACUCGUAGGAUAGACAAGUUGAAGAAAUUCGCCUGCACCUUUGGCAAGGGAGGGUGGAGACGAUGGCGGAGCGCGAGUGUGUGUGUGUAUGUGUGUGUGGUGUAACGAUCCGCAAUUAUGGUGGAUUGAUUUAUCCUUAAGUUUGUCGUCCCCACCCACAUCUUCCACAUCUGCUCGUUCGUUAAGUCGUAGAUCAGGUUCAGGACACUGUGAAAAGCAGUGUUGACAAAAUAACACUAUCACGUAAAAUUACGUAUCAUAUUGUGACACGCAUUGUUAUGCUAGAGCAAGAUGCAGUACAAUCUGGAGGAAGGGAUGAAGAAAUUCAAAACAAGUAUGUGUGUAAACGCUCUCCUGCGCGUUAUGGCGUGCAUAUCCAGAUGCUUCUCAGAGACUUCAGAACAAAUUAAAUAAUUUAAAAACAAAAUGCACUGUUUUAGAUCAAAGCUAAAUGCUAGACGAAAUUAUAAAAGUGCACCCAAGCUAGUAGAAAAGGCGAAAAACGGAAAGGACGUUAUAUACACAUACACUUUGUGCAACCGAUCGUCACUGUCAUGUUGGAGUUAAUGUGCUGUUGUGUGUUGUAGAAGAAGAAAUAGUAGCAAAUAGUAAUUAGAUAACAACUGUAGCACAUAGAAAAGAAGAGGGGAAGAACCUUGUUGUAUUAAGAAGCUAACAUUAACGAAGAUUGCAGAGGGAGCGUGUUGAGUCCCUCUACUUAAGGGCACACGAACUUGUAAGUAAGUCCUACGGAGGAAAAAAGGACCGCAGCGUGUUUUUUUUUAUGUUUCGUGUAUGUUUGAGUGUUUGUAGUACAGCAGUAUGAACACAGAGAACACGCAAUAGGAGUUAGUAAAGCUUCCAAACUGGCGCGGAAAUGCAAUCACAUGGUUCACAUGUUGGGCAGCACGACGCACGGCGCUGAGAGGCACCAAUUCAACAAUUAAGAUAUUUAUAGAUUGAUUGUAUUAUAGGCAAGCGGCAAGCGGGGUAAACACACAUGCCGCUACAAUUAUGUGGUGCAAAACGAAGGCAAACAGAAACGCCGAUUUGCCCUAGAUUCUCCCGAUGGGUGGUGAUAUAAAGCCGAGUGUACAGCGCAUCUUGCAUGCGACGCUGUGAGAGUAAAAAAGCAUCGAUCUAUUAUAGAACCCACUGUACACCGUAAUGCAUGCCCUUACUCAAAAGAAUAAUAUACAUAUUUAUUAUCACAAUAUCUAACUGCACACAGGUCACGGGCCAAUCUGAGAGAUACAAAUUACAGACACACACACAGAGACACACAUACAGACACACACACACACAGAGACACACACACACAGACACACACACACACACACACACACACACACACACACACACACACACACAGAGAAAGAGAGACACAUUAACGCAUCCACACGCUGUUUGUAGGCAAAAGGAAAAGGCCGGUUCCGGUUGCGGACGGUAGAAUCCGGCAUUGCGCGACCUUUUCAUGAUUCAAUUACCAUUUGAAACUUUCGUCACUAAUGCGCAACUGUUUGUGGAGGACUUGGCGCAAAAAAAAGAACUGAGGUCUGAGGUCUGAGUAUCGAACUCAACUAUCGGAUAGAAGAUUGUAUUUUGGGGGGUGUUGUGAGGGCGUGUGUGUGAGCGUUUCUAGGAAAACGCCAGUUAUUUUCAAAAAUUCAAUUUCUCACUUGCGCGCUAGGAAUUAUUAAGUGACGAUGGAAAAAGUCCCAACUGUGAAAAGACAGAUCAGACCUCGGACGCGAGACGUCACGGUUUGUGUGAAAGGUGGAGGACAUGGCAAUCCUCUUUCUCCUGCGUACCACACCAAGAUGCGAGAAAGAGAGAGAAGAACAUGAAAAUGGAAAGGAAACACUUGAUUUAAUAAAACUGCUAGUAUCUAAGCGAUAUGGAAAGUAUAA